UUUGACAGAGUAGAGUGGUGAGAGACGGAGGUGGCGACACGCGAGACAGACGAGCGCAUCCUCUGCCACUGAAUUCCGGUCACUUUCUGCCCGUAGGUGUGUAACGUUAGUUUUGUGUGCUCCUGUUCGGUGUGAACGGACGGAGGGCGACGCAGCUGUCUGUUCUUUUAUUGAAGCUCAGCAACAGGGCAGAGACCAGGAUGCCGCUGACCGGAGCAGCAGCGUCGUGCACGGGGAGCUCCCGCGACUAGCAGCCCCUGCCCACCGCCACCGCGGGAACAAACCGGAGAGGAGAAUAUGCAAAUUGUUCGAGAGGCAAGAAGUCAAACCGAAUGGAAACGAUGUAGCUUCACCGCCGCACUUCAUAUAGCUCGGAGAAAUAGGGUAGAAAAUAGAUAGCUAGCUAGCUAACGCGCUUAAUUGCCGUCAUACAUGCAAAGUUACUCAUUGCCAGUGAAGCUCCAGGAGCCCGUGGUUGGCUGAUUAAAAAGGAACAGCAGCAGUUUUACGGCGUCUUCAGGUACCAAAGAAGACAGAGGAGUCAAAUAUGCUACGGAGGAGGCUCAAUCGUCUGUGUGGCGGGGAUGAGAAAAGAGUGGACAGCAGGACUAUCUAUGUAGGACAUCGUCCUGGUCCGGCCACUGAGGCCUUUAUCCCACCCAAAUUUUGUGACAACAGAAUAGUGUCUUCCAAGUACACUGUAUGGAACUUUCUGCCAAAGAACCUGUUUGAGCAGUUCAGAAGAAUCGCCAAUUUUUAUUUCCUUAUUAUAUUCCUGGUGCAGGUUAUUGUGGACACCCCAACAAGCCCUGUGACCAGUGGCUUACCCUUGUUUUUUGUCAUCACAGUGACGGCCAUCAAACAGGGUUAUGAGGACUGGCUGCGGCAUAAAGCGGACAACGAGGUGAAUAAGUACCCAGUGAUAGUGCUGGAGGAUGGACGGUCGAUACGCAAGGAGAGUGAAAAAAUCAAGGUGGGUGAUAUAGUGGAGGUGGUGGAGGACGAGACCUUUCCCUGUGACCUCAUUCUGCUGCAGUCCAGUCGAGACGAUGACACUUGCUUCGUCACCACAGCCAGCCUGGAUGGGGAGUCUAACCACAAAACACACUACACAGUGUCAGAUACAGAAAAGGACCUGCAGUCUCUCUCUGCCACCAUCGAGUGUGAACAGCCCCAGCCUGACCUCUACAAGUUUGUGGGCCGGAUGUAUAUUUACAAGACAGGGCACGAUUCAGCAGUAAGAUCUUUGGGCCCAGAGAACCUGCUUCUGAAAGGGGCAACCUUAAAAAACACCAAGAAGAUUUAUGGUGUAGCAGUGUACACAGGCAUGGAGACAAAGAUGGCUCUCAACUACCAGGGCAAGUCUCAAAAACGCUCAGCCGUGGAGAAAUCUAUCAAUGGCUUCCUGCUGGUCUAUUUAUGCAUCCUGAUAAGCAAAGCAGUGGUGUGCACCACCCUGAAGUAUGUCUGGCAGAACCAAUUUGGGCAAGACGAACCUUGGUACAACCAGAAGACUCAGAAGGAGAAGGACACCUAUGUGUAUCUGAAGAUGUUUACAGACUUCCUCUCCUUCAUGGUGCUGUUCAAUUUCAUCAUUCCCGUGUCCAUGUACGUCACCGUGGAGAUGCAGAAGUUUCUGGGUUCGUUCUUUAUUACUUGGGAUAGAGACUUCUUCGACCCGGAGAUCCAAGAGGGGGCUCUGGUCAACACAUCUGACCUCAAUGAGGAGCUUGGUCAGGUGGAGUAUGUCUUCACAGACAAGACAGGCACACUGACGCAGAACAACAUGGAGUUCAUCGAGUGCUGUAUAGAUGGCUUCCAGUACAAGAACACAGACUCCAUGAGUGAGCUGGAUGGGUUCUGUGUCACUGAUGGGCCUGUCAGCAAGCUGCAGCAGAAGGCUGGCCUGAAAAAAGAGGAGCUUUUCCUGCGGGCUCUCUGCUUGUGUCACACGGUCCAAGUGAAGGAGGCAGGGCCAGAUGAGAUUGAUGAGAUUGAUGGGGUCCAGGUGGACGGACUGGCGGCUGGACUGUCCCAGCCAGUUGAAGAGAGAGGCUUCAUUGCCUCCUCCCCAGAUGAGGUCGCUCUGGUCAAAGGAGCCAUGAAACAUGGCUUCACUUUCCUGGGUUUGGAAAACAAAACUAUGAAGAUAAGAAACAGGCAGAACGAUACUGAAAUAUAUGAGUUGCUUCAUGUGCUCAACUUUGACCCUGUACGACGAAGAAUGAGUGUCAUAGUCAGGACCAAGACAGGGGAAACUCUGCUCUUCUGCAAAGGGGCCGAUUCCUCCAUCUUCCCCAGAGUCAGAUCAGAGGAAGUGGACAGAAUCCGUAUGCAUGUUGAGCGCAAUGCUACAGAUGGCUACAGGACCCUGUGUGUGGCCUAUAAGCAGCUCAGCCCAGAGGAGUAUGCUGUGGCAGACGCUGGACUGAGGGAUGCCCGUCUGGCUCUGCAGGACCGGGAGGAGAAGCUUAUGGCUGUUUAUAACCAGGUGGAGACAGGAAUGAGUCUGAUUGGAGCUACUGCAGUGGAGGACAGGUUGCAGGAGGAGGCUGCAGAGACCAUGGAGGCUCUGCAGGGAGCUGGGAUGAAGGUGUGGGUGCUCACUGGAGACAAGAUGGAGACGGCCAAGUCCACGUGUUACGCCUGCCGCCUGUUUCAGCGGGGCACGGAGCUGCUGGAACUGACUGUGCGUACCCUUGAAGAUGGAGGGAGGAAGCGUGAAGAGAGGCUCCACGAGCUGCUGCUAGACUACCAUAAGAAAGCGGUGCAGGAUGCACCACCAGUCAAAGCUGGGGUCACCAGGUCUGCGAUCUCAAUGAACCAAUCUGCUGUGCAUUCCACAAUGAGGAGCUGGUCCACUUCAAAUCAGGAGUAUGGCUUCAUCAUAGACGGAGCCACAUUGUCUUUAGUGAUGAACCCAUCUCCUGAUGCAAAUUCCAACCGCUACAAGAACCUCUUCCUGCAGAUCUGCCAGAACUGCACUGCUGUACUCUGUUGCCGCAUGGCUCCAUUGCAGAAGGCUCAGAUAGUGAAAAUGGUGAAGAACUCUAAAGGUUCUCCCAUCACAUUGUCUAUUGGUGAUGGGGCCAAUGAUGUCAGUAUGAUCCUGGAGGCACAUGUGGGCAUCGGAAUAAAAGGUAAAGAGGGCCGCCAAGCAGUGAGGAAUAGUGACUACGCCAUCCCCAAACUCAAGCACUUAAAGAAGCUUCUGCUGGCACACGGACACCUCUACUAUGUGCGCAUUGCCCACCUCGUCCAGUACUUCUUCUACAAGAACCUUUGUUUCAUCUUACCUCAGUUCCUGUACCAGUUCUUCUGUGGUUACUCUCAGCAGCCCCUGUACGAUGCAGCCUAUCUGACGAUGUACAACAUCUGCUUCACCUCCAUGCCCAUCCUGGCCUACAGCCUGCUGGAGCAGCACAUAGCCAUCGAGAUCCUGCUUGACAAUGCCACCCUCUACAGGGAGAUAGCAAAGAACGCUAUGUUGCGAUGGGGCCCCUUCCUAUACUGGACUGUGUUGGGGAUUUUCCAGGGACUUCUCUUCUUCUUUGGUGUCAGAUAUCUGUUCAGCAACCCAGCGCUGCAGGACAACGGCCAGGUGUUUGGAAAUUGGUCUUACGGAACAAUAGUGUUUACAGUCCUUGUUUUCACUGUCACACUAAAGCUGGCUUUGGACACACGGCACUGGACGUGGAUCAACCACUUUGUGAUCUGGGGCUCACUGGCCUUCUAUGUGUUCUUUAGCUUCUUCUGGGGAGGCAUCAUAUGGCCAUUCCUGAGACAACAACGGCUGUACUUUGUCUUUGCUAACAUGCUGAGCUCUGUGUCAGCCUGGUUGGUCAUCAUCCUCCUCAUCCUCCUCAGUCUUUUGCCGGACAUCCUCUUGGUGGUCCUCCGCAAGCCCAGAGGCCCACAUGCUCGAAAGAAGAAGAAAUGUCAGUCAAGUGCAGGGGGCAGCCAAUCCUCCAGGGCUUCCAUCAGGCCUCUGCUCAUGAGAACCUUUUCAGACGAAUCCAAUACUGUCAUAUGAACAGCUGUCAGAGGCCUCUCUCAUUCACACAGCCAGAUCGCUGCCGUCACCCCGUUGUCCUACAAGUAUCUGAACGAGCAAUACUGAAGGACACAGACCAGCCUGGGGUGGAACCUGCUGAAAGGACCUCGAGUGUCAGCCAAGCUGGCUGUCUUUACUGCUGCCUGGACAGGAAAAUCAAGAAAAUGAGAACAACCUAACUGAAUGGUGGGCAAUGAAAAAGAGAAGAAGAAAAAAAACUACCUAGUCCAGGCCAAGAUCCAGCAGUGUGCCAGCCCUCUGUCUUUUUUUCCCACCAUGUCCCUCGCUCUCUUUCUCCUUCAUCCCUCCCUCUCUCUGUAGCAUGACUUCACCCAAGCAUACUGUGCCGCUGGUCCUUGCAGCAUGUGGCAUUUUUUGACCUUUUACUUUUCAUGACCCAUCCAUUGUCAAGGCAUGUGAUUUUAAACCUCCUCCCUUCUUACAGUUAGCCCACUGCAAAUGUCCCUUCCUGAGGCAAAUCCAUGGUGACGGGAUGUUCUGAUUUUCCUCAGUGGUUCUCCUGCAUGAGAGAAGCUAGAGAAGCUGAUACCAACACCAUCGUUCCUCUGUCAUUGUAGCAGUUUUCGUUCCAGGUUUCUUUGGCAGAAAUAGUUCUUCCCUUUGUGAUCUGAAAUGCCCCAGGCCCAAAUCGUAGUCUAGAAUUUAGUGAGUUUGAGCUUUUAAUUUUGAGCUCUAUAACAUGCUGCACUGACAGCCCUGACCCUAUGGGUAUAAUAAGCUGCCUUUCAGCAACUUGCUGUGUGUCCAAGUCUGUUGAGCGUGGGGUUUGGACGUUUUCACCGGUCGUGCAUGUUUGCGUGAGAAGAAGGUCUGGCCACGAGUUAGUGUCUUUUCUUUAGUUCACAUUAGAAUUUUGUAUUAUUGUAAUUUUCUGAUGAUGCAGGGAUUACUUCGGACAUCAGAUUAGUGAUUAUGAAUUAGAUGUGUAUGUUCUGUGCUGUUUGCUGGAAGCCAAAAAAACUUUUUUGCAGCAUAUCCAGUCCUGCUAAGUGUAAUGUGUUUGUAUGGAGAUGCUCCGUGCCGGGAGUUUGGUUUCCUUCGCUGAAAGUUAGUACCUUGCUGAGUCUGAGAUUAAUCUGUUUGUGAUACAGGUGGUGAUAUGUUUAGUCUCUGUACUGGCAUUUACACACAUAUUAUUUAUAUCGCUUGAUGUUUUGUCCCUCUUUGAGCCCAUUUGGGCCAGUGCUCACUGUUGAAGGCACAUGUAUACAGCAUGCACUUAAGCACGCGUAGAAUGCACACUGCUUCUUUGAGGCAACUGCUCGUAUCAUUGUUUGAGUCAAAGAAAUGGUGGGGGGAGGGGGACUGUGGUGACAUACAAAGUGCCAACUCCAGAUCUCCUGGACACCUGAGUUAGUGCCACUGUGAGGCAUUUUUGCCCUCCGUUAAUACCAACAUGGUUGGUACUGCGGUUAGAAUAGCGUUCGUCUUUACCCCCUUCUUUCUUUCCUUCUUUAUGCUUCUUCAUACAUUCCAUUUCUACAUGCCAACAUUUCAAUCACUUUCUAGAUCAUUACUGAUGUUUGUCUUUGUUUUCAACUGAGUGAUUCUAUUUGACAUAUUUAUUGUAAUGUGUAAUUUUAGUCACAAAAGUUAUAUUUUUAUGACAUGGAUCUUUUUUAUUGUUGAGAAUGAUCAGCUCGUGCCAAUUGAGUUUUGUCUAUGUAAUCCCAGAUGCUCGGCGAUCGAACCUGCUCCCACUGAGGGCCUGAACUGCUCUUAGAUCACUAUUUCACAUGCCACUCAGCUGGUUUAAGGCUGGAAUGGUGCAUGCUGUCUGAUCUCAGUAAUAAUCCCUUUAAUGAAUGCUAUUUGACCAUUUCAGUUUAUUUAUACGCUACUAGCCAAAAGUGGGCAUGAAGAAACCAGAUUUUGGCAUGUUUUUUGAAUGGUUAAAUGUCUUUUAAAACCAUUUGGAUCUGAAAGGCAUUGUGCUCUGUUCCAGCUUAAACCACAUGGGCUGUGUGUGUUUGUGUGUGGGUAGCUGUGGGAGCAGCGGUGUGUUAGACCUUUGACUGUGUAAUGAUGCCAAGCAUCUUAAGCCCUACGCUGUUUCCCUAUGAGCACUCUCGAAUUCUAUCAUAAAACAUUAUUUUCAGAUGAGAAUAUAGAUAAAAGCUACAUUGUAUUUUUAUUUAUCUCUGUAAAAGAUUUAUUGAGAAUUGUCUGGGAUAGAUUACCCAACUGUAUGGAUAUUAUCCAACCCUCUAGUUUUUUUUGUUGUUGUUGUUGUGCUGAAGCGUGGUAACGCCAUCAUUAACCUGAGCCAUGGUGCACAUGCACACAUAUGCAUAUAGCCCGAGGCGCUGAAGUGUGUGUUCAGCUCAGAAAGGGGAGGGGUGAAUGGGACCUGCCUGCAGUAUUUCAAUACCCAAAACAGACCUUUAAAUUACAUCAGAGAUGCUAUUUUCAAAGCUUAUGGUAAUUCUUGAAUUCUCCUGUUUGCCUGAAAAACACAGAAAAGAAAAAAAGUUGAUUGUAUUUUUACUGCAACCUUUUUUCGAGCCACUGUUUUGUAAGAAAAUGAAAACGUCCAAAAAAAAAGGUGCAUUAGGCUGCCUGAGUGUGGAGAGUGGGGCAGUGUCAAGGCGGUGCUGUGAACACUCGGCCUGUGUCAGGACCCUCUGUCCGGAUCCUCAGGCUCCGGCCUUCUGACCUGAAUGUACCUCUUUAAGACCAGUCUGUUCCAAAACAAAAAAAAAUUCUUUAUGUAAUAAAACAAUUUUCAAACAAAGAG